UUCUCGAUCAGAUCCAUGGUUAUAUCAGUAGUACACCUACAUUGCUCGGGAUCUGAUCGGAGAUUUCGAAUUCCGUUCACAACCCAGGUACAUUAAUCUUACGUUGGAGAUUUCUAUAGAAACAGAGAAAGUGUAUUUUAAUCAAUCUUGGAAGAUGGCUUCUCUGUCCACCAUAAGCAACGAACUCGGGGAGAUCGAGGGACAAAUAACAGAUGUUCUUCGAUCACUAUCAAAUGGGUUCCAGAAAUUGGAUAAGAUUAAGGAUCCCGGUCGACAGAAUAGGCAGUUGGAAGAGCUGACAGAGAAGAUGAGAGACUGUAAGAGGCUUAUCAAGGACUUUGAUCAAGAAAUUAAGGAUUUAGGUCAUAAAUCCAAUCCAGAUACUGACAAAUUGCUCACUGAAAGGAAGCAAUCAAUGAUCAAGGAGUUGAAUUCUUAUGUUGCUCUAAAGAAGAAAUAUGCAAGCAAUAUUGACAAUAAGAGAAUUGAUCUGUUUGAUGAGCCUGGAGAAGGGUUAACAGAAGAUAAUGUUUUCUUAGCAUCAUCAAUGACAAACCAGCAACUCGUCGGUGAAGGGCAUCGCAUGAUGGAUCAGACCGAUGAUUCUAUCGAGAGGUCAAAGAAGGUUGUUCAAGAGACCAUUAAUGUUGGGACGGAAACUGCAGCAACUUUAAAAUCACAAACAGAACAAAUGAGUAGGAUUGUAAACGAGCUUGAUUCCAUCCAUUUCUCGAUGAAAAAGGCUACAAAGCUUGCAAAGGAGCUCGGUAGGCAGAUUGCAACAGAUCAUUGCAUCAGGACCAUGCUCGCCCUUAUUGUGUUUGGCGUCAUAGCUAUCAUAACUGUAAAGGUUUUGAACCCACAUAACAAAGAUAUUCGCGAUAUUCCUGGCUUAGCGCCUCCUGUACAAAACCGAAGAUUGCUAUGGAACAAGUCUUAAACAAUAAACACCAAAUGGCAAUUGAUGAUACAUUAUGAGC